UGUCCAGGAGAUAAGUGUAGAGGACGCACAUUUUUACCCUGUCGUACUGACAGUAAAACGGAAACCAUUGAUUGGCAGACAAUAAGAGUUCAGGAAGUUACAGUUGAUAGUCACAAAGAAGCGGGUCGCAUUCCUAGAACAGUGGAUUGUGAACUCACACGAGACCUGGUGGACUCAUGUGUGCCUGGUGAUAUUGUCACUGUCACAGGGAUUGUCAAAGUGAACAAUGUGGAGGAAGGUCAUAGGAAGAACAAAGAAAAAUGUAUGUUCCUCCUGUAUCUGCAUGCCAACAGUGUAGACAAUGCCAAAGGAAACACCAGGAAAUCGGGAGAAGACAGUUCUAGCAGAAACGGUCUAGCUAUGGAUUUUACCAUGAAGGAGUUGUAUGCCAUUCGAGAGAUACAAAGCCAAGAUAAUUUAUUUCAGCUUCUUGUUGGGUCUCUGUGUCCUAGCAUCUUUGGACAUGAGAUGGUGAAAGCUGGUCUUAUCUUGGGUUUAUUUGGAAGCAGUCAGAAGUUUUCACAUGAUAAGAAUCGUAUCCCAGUAAGAGGUGACCCACACAUUCUUGUGGUUGGUGACCCAGGCCUAGGGAAGAGUCAGAUGCUGCAGGCUGCUGCAUCUGUGGCACCACGGAGUGUGUAUGUGUGUGGCAACACUACAACAACCUCAGGGCUCACGGUGACUUUAACAAAAGAUGGAGGUUCUGGUGAUUUUGCUUUGGAAGCUGGAGCACUAGUGUUGGCUGAUCAAGGGUGUUGCUGCAUAGAUGAGUUUGACAAGAUGACCUCUCAACACCAGGCCUUGCUAGAGGCAAUGGAACAGCAGAGUAUCAGCAUAGCUAAGGCUGGAGUUGUGUGCAGUUUGCCAGCAAGAACAUCAAUCCUGGCUGCUGCUAACCCGGUGGGUGGACAUUACAAUAAGGCCAAAACUGUGUCUGAAAACCUCAAACUAGGCAGUGCAUUGCUGUCUCGCUUUGAUUUGGUCUUUAUAAUGCUGGACAAGCCAGAUGAGGAGAUGGAUUGUGUUCUGUCAGAACAUGUCAUGGCGCUUCAUGCAGGUACCAAAAGUGACAUUUUCUCUGUGACUGCAAAGAGAGUCAGCCAGAACACAUCAAGGCUUCAGUGGGAGACCGAGAAACCCUUGGCUGAGCGGCUCAAGAUGUCCAGAUCUGUGGUCACUGAUCCCAUCCCUCAUCAGCUUCUGAGAAAGUAUAUUGGCUAUGCAAGAAAGUAUGUUCACCCUAAGAUUGGAUCAGAUGCAGCAACCGUCAUCCAGGAGUUUUACCUGUCACUGCGUCAGCGCCACCAGAGCCGAGAUAGCACACCAAUUACCACACGUCAGUUAGAGUCCCUGAUGAGGUUAACAGAAGCCAGGGCUCGGCUCGAACUUCGGGAGCUGGCAACCAAGACUGAUGCAGAAGAUGUUAUAGAGAUCAUGAAACACAGUAUGCAGGAUGUUUACUCAGAUCAGUUUGGCUACCUGGACUUUCAGAGGUCUCAGCAUGAGUCCGGGAUGAGUGGACGCUCACAGCCAAAGAGAUUUGUGUCAGCCCUGCAGAAAAUCGCAGAACAGACAUACAACAGCAUUUUUACAGUACAACAAAUGAGGCAAAUAUCAAAGGACAUUGGAAUGCAGAUUCCUGACCUUGAAGGCUUUAUAACAUCCCUCAACAACCAGGGUUUUCUGCUGAAGAAAGGGCCCAAAGUGUAUCAGCUUCAGACUUUUGGCUUUUGA